AUGGCUAGCAAGCCCGACGCGCCGCCGCCCUAUGGAGGCCCCCCACAGGCGCCUAAGCCGACCUACGGAAACGAAUCGCCUGGUCCAUACGGCCAGGACCAGCGGCAGGGCUAUUAUCCUCCCGGUGGACCUUCCGGGCCGCAACAGAACUACUAUCAGCAGCAGGGGCCGCAACAAGGAUACUACCAGCCGGGUCCGCAGAUGGGAUACUACAAUCAGCAACAGGGACCGUACCCCUCCGGUCAAGGCCCAUAUCCGCCCCAAGGCCAGUAUGGUCCCGGUCCCGGAGGGUACCAGCAAGGCCCUGGUUAUGUUCCGCAGCAGAGGCAAAGUGCAGCGCCGGGUCUUUGUGGAGGCCUGUUAGCUGGUCUGGCGUGCUGUUGCUGCUUGGAUCUCCUGUUCUAA